GCCUAGCUCGCCCGCCACCGAACCAGUGAUUCGCACCCAAGUGGCCAGACAUGAAGACCUUCGCGAGUUUGUUGGUGCUCAGCGCACUCACCACUGCUGCAUAUGGCCAGGAAAACUUCAAAUGCCCCGACGACUUCGGUUUCUACCCACAUCACAUCUCCUGCGACAAAUACUGGAAAUGUGACAACAACGCAGCAGAACUCAAAACAUGCGGGAACGGUUUGGCCUUCGACGCCAGUGAUCCCAAAUUCCUGACUGAAAACUGUGAUUACAUCCACAAUGUUGAUUGUGGAGACAGAUCUCAACUUGAACCCCCGAUCCCAGCGGGCAAGUGUGAUCGUCUCUACGGCGUCUUUGCCGACGAGGCCAAAUGCGACGUCUUCUGGAACUGCUGGAACGGAGAGGCAUCCAGGUACCAGUGCUCGCCCGGCCUGGCCUACGACAGGGAAGCCAGGGUGUGCAUGUGGGCUGACCAGGUGCCAGAAUGCAAAAACGAAGAAGUUGCAGGCGGCUUCUCGUGCCCCGCCGCGGGCGAGAUAGCCAACACCGGAUCUUUCUCUAGGCACGCUCACCCGGAGGACUGCAGGAAGUACUACAUCUGCCUGGAAGGGCAGGCCAGGGAGUACGGGUGCCCAAUCGGCACCGUCUUCAAGAUCGGCGACGGUGACGGUACUGGGAACUGCGAGGACCCUGAGGAUGUGCCCGGAUGCGAGGACUACUACGGCGACCUGGACCUGAAGAGCAUCCGCAAGAGCGAACUUUUGGCCGGCCUGCAGAGCACCGGCGCCUCCAGGGCCGCCCCCGCCCCCAAAAACCAAAAACCCAGACCGGCCCCGUCGUCGCGUAACGCCCCCGAGCCCUCGAACAACUGAAAGUUCACGAUUAACCGUUCGGAUUCGCCGUACGGCACUGUCGGUGUGUGCACUUUGCCGGUUCUAGUGCGAAACAGCGCCUAACAAACGGUACAGAACAAAACAGCGCCUAACGAACGGUACAGAACAAAACAGCGCCUAACGAACGGUACAGAACUUAAUAGCGCCUAUGCAAACGGUAUACAGAACUAAGCAGCACUCGGAUGAGGAAACACGGUGCAAAACAGCGCGAGACAAAGGCUAUAUUCCAAAUUCAACUGGUCAGUACUGUCAGUAGAUCCACUGACUGUGCUGUAACUUGGAACACGUAUUGAUCAGUAAUCAGCAGCAGUUGAUCAGCUGGUGAAAUUUGUCAGUUGUCAGGAUGACAGUUCACUGAAGCCACACUACCUUUUGAUCAGCAGUAUAUUUAGUCGAAAUUUUCAGAAUGAAUACACAAGUAUGAUCACAAGUAUCUGUCACUUUCAGUGAAUUUUUUUGAUUUCGGAAUAAAAAACCUGCAGAUUCAGUACUGUCAGAGAAUUUCAAUAAAAAAGUCUUUACAAACCUUUGCCUAAAAAUGCUUCGUUUCGGAGAAAUAGGGUGUUGAAAUCGAUCCUUUUCAAAUUUUUUCGAAAUACCUUGGGAAAAAAUAUUUUUUGAACGAUAGUUGGUCCCUGAAUUUUUUUCAAGGUAGGAAAUCAUAAUUAUUGAUCAAUAAUCUUUAUGUAGUGCUUAGGGGGCGGUGCGUAUCCUUCCAUUUAUUAAUCAAAAUUGUCCUUUUUUGAUAGUGAACUUUUGAAACUUUUCAUGAAUAAAUUCUAUUCUCACACAUUUUUUCAGCAAAAGAGGACACUUCCUCGACAGCACUGUAGCUCCUAGGGCGCUAUAAGUGAAGUUGCUGAAAACAUUACAAAAAACUUAGGUAUUUGAUAGAUCUCGUUGAAAUGAGAAUCUUUAUUCGUAUGAAAUGUUUGAUGAAAAUAACUGCAGUUGAAUAAACCAACUAUGUUUUGGAAAAAUUCAACAAUCUUUAUCUCAAGAACGAAUCAAUCUUCGAUAAAUAUUUUAUAGGAAAAAAGUUGUUUAUUUUGACGAGAUCUACCACAUACUCAGUUUUUGUUCUCAGCAACUUUACUUAGCGCUAAAUAACGUGCAUCGGUAUAAAAAAUUGUAAUUAUCUCGAAAAUAAUCACCUACAACAGCGUUAUCGAGCACAAUUUCUACUUGAAAAAGAUGUGAGAAUAAGGUUUUGUCCUGAAAAGUGACAAAAGUUCACUGUCGGAAGGGCAAUUUUAAACGACGCUCUCUGUUACAUAAACAUUAUACUACGAAAUUAUGAUUCCCUGCUUCAAAAAAACUCAACUGUUUUGGUAUGAGACUCUUUCAACUAUUUCGCAUUUUCGAGGCACUGUUUUGUCAAGUGGUGUUUAUCGGGCGCUUCAAACGUCAUGCGCUAGCGCAAUUUCUUCGCGCUGUUAUUUUCGAGCACUGUUUUGUCGGCACUGUUUUGGCCAGUGCUGUUUCGUACCAGAACCAAGCUCGUGAAGAUUCGGUGAAACGUGUUUGGGCGUUGAGACUGUCUCAGGAGCGAUUCGAGCCUAUCAACUGUACUUAUUUAAUAUUAGCCGUAAUUUUUAGUGAAUCGGGUUCCGCAAUCGCUUCUCUGACUGUCUGCUUUCCAGAUGCAGCUCGGAAAUUUCAGCGGAAAUUUUUACUGAUCGUUUUAUAAACGCAAAAAUUUUAUCUUAUUUUUUAUAAAUAUGAAUAAACACGUUUUCAUAAUA